AUUGCUUUUGCUCCAGAGGGCAGGGAUGGUUGUAACUCCUGCCUCUGCUCUUCCACAGGUGGAGAAAGCCAGCUGUGUGCGCUACAACUUCUCUGUUGGGAUGGGCUCGACGGGGGAGCCUCUGAGCAAAGCUGUAGCACUGGCUGUGGUGGUGGCAGUCCUUGUGCUCCUGGUAGCUGUGGCUGUGCUGGUCUUGCUCUCCAGGAGGAAGCGGAAGAAGUCAAAGGACCAUGAGAGCAAUGGCACGAUGCCCCUGAGGAGGAGUCGAGCAGGUGCAAGCAAGCCGAACACUCAGAUCCUGGUGCCCGAACUGCUGGAGACUCUGAAGAGGUUUAGGAGAGCAGAAAUGGCAGCGGAGGAGGAGGCAGAAGAAGACACAGACCUUGAGAGACCUAAAGCUGGGUGCGAAGCUGAGUAUCAGAAGCUGGACUCAGGUUUGCUGCAUGCCUGCGAUGCUGGGAAGGAGCCCUGCAACCAGGGCAAGAACCGCUACAAAAACAUCAUCCCAUAUGAUCAUGCCCGAGUGGUGCUGCAAUCCACUGAGCCAUCAUCUGAUUACAUCAAUGCCAGCUACGUAGAUAGCUACAGGAGCCCCCGCUUCUUCAUCGCGGCUCAGGGCCCACUGCAGGGGACGGUGGAGGACUUCUGGCAGAUGAUCUGGCAGGAGAAGACCUCAGUCAUUGUGAUGUUAACUGACCUGGUGGAGCAGAAUAAGACCAAGUGCGAGCAGUACUGGCCGGAGCAGGAGCAGGAGUACAGGGACUUCACAGUGACGCUCAGCAACAUGAGGAUGGCCACAGGCUUCAUCACACGCACUUUCCGCCUGCAGAAGGCGGGCUGUCCCCUUCCGAGACUCGUGGAGCAGCUCCAUUACCAGUUGUGGCCAGACCACGGUGUGCCCCGAAACCCAGCCCAGCUCCUGCAUCUCGUGGAGAUAGUGAACAAGAGGGUGUCGGAGGCCUCUGGUGGCCCCGUGGUGGUGCACUGCAGUGCAGGGAUCGGCCGCACAGGCACCUUCAUCGCUCUGGACUCCCUCCUGAAGAUGGCCAGGGCCGAGGGCAAGGUGGACGUCUUCCAGUGCGUGCAGAAGCUGCGGGAGCGGCGGGUCAGCAUGGUGCAAACUAAGGAGCAGUACGCCUUCCUGUACGAGGUGCUGCUGGAAGGGCUGGUGUGCAGCAACACGGGGGUCCCAGUGGAGAGCUUCUGCAGCCACAUCAGCCACCUCAAGGAGCUCGACCCCCAGACGCAGACCAGCAGGCUCAUGCAGGAGUUCAAGGCACUGCAGAAGUUCUCCGAGCUGUUCCAGCUCUCCGCGUGCAGAGAGGCCGAGAAGCCCAGCAACCAGCCCAAGAACCGCAAGCUGACCAUCCUGCCAGCGGAUCGCAGCCGCCCCAUCCUGAUGUCCUCCCUGAAACUGGACGGCUCGCCAGGCUACAUCAACGCAGUCUUUGUCAGCACGUACGCUGAAGACGACCGUGUGAUCGUCACCCAGCUGCCGCUCAAGGAGACGGUGGUGGACUUCUGGGCUCUGCUUUGGGACUACACCUGCACCUCGCUGGUCCUACUGAAUCGGAUCGAGGAGCUGGACCAGACCUACCUGGAGUUCUGGCCCAGUCACGGAGAGUCCACCUACGGCCGUUUCCAAGUCACGCUGAUCUCAGAGGAGCUGGGAGCUGGCUUCACCAUCCGGACACUUGCCGUAGCCAACAAGCAGCAGCCCAAGAAGGCCAUGCUGGAGGUCAAGUUCUGGCAGCUGGACGACUGGCCCAUGCAGCAGGAGCUCCCGCCAUGCCCGGCCACCAUCAUCAGCUUGCUGGGGGAGGUGGAGAGGACCCAGCGCCAGAACCAGGACAGCCACGUGCUUGUCACCUGCUGGGACGGUGCCAGCCGGUGCGGGCUCUUCUGCGCCGCUGGCUUCCUGUGCGAGCAGAUCCGCAGCGAGGGGCUGGUGGACGUGUCCCAGGCCGUCAGGAUGCUGAAGCGGCAGCGGUGGCAGCUGGUCAAGGAUGUGAAUCAGUACGAGUUUUGCUACAAGCUCGCCCUCAGCUACCUGGACUCCUUUAAGAUCUAUGGGAACUUCAAGUAGUGGCCGCCUGGGGCCAGGACCUGUUGUUGCUGCUUCUUCUGACAACUCUGUCAGUGAUGGGGACCACGGACCCCCUCAGGAGCCGUUCCACCUCUGUGUUGUGCCCACAAAUGGACUGGGAGCCUUGUGUUUUGUUCGUAUGAAAACGUGGGCAGUAGCAGACCUGGAGCUGCAGCUCAUGUUGGGGGAACGGGGCAGCCAGGCUCGCUGCUCCAGCCCCAGAGACCAGAAGGGAACUCUCUCCACUGCCUGCAACGAGGACGGGAAGCGGGGCUGCCUGCCUGCCCCAGAGAUGGGGGGACACAGCACCCUCCUGCAGUCCACGCUCUCCGUCUGGCUGGGCAGGAGCCUAGGACAUGGGGUCUUUUCCGUGCUCAGUCGUGUCCUCUCUUACUUCACUUCCGCCCUGUUGUUUCUGACCUACCCCUGCCAGCAAGCUUGUGCUGGCUCCUGGAUACGGCACUGCCAGGCCCUCUCCUCCAUGAAGCAGCCAGUGCCUGUGGGGUGGCAGACACUGUGUGGAGCAGGCUCGGCUGGCACCGCACCAAGACUAAGUGAACUCAACACUAGGAUGGGCCCAGGGUGCUCUAUGUUGCACCAGUAAAAUCUUUUAAUUGGUAUGGUCUGCCUCCUUCCAGCACUCUCCCGUGGCCCCAUGUCUAUCCUCUGUGACCUCCUGGUGCCUGCCCUGGGGGCAUUGGGAAUCCAGCUGUGGUCCCAGGUUGGGGACAGGAAAGAGCAGGUCAGAGCUGGGGGAACCAUCCCUGCUGUAUGUCUGGGACCCUUUUAGCCUGGCCACUGUUGUGUGACUCACUGCAGGGUCUGUCCUAGCAUCCCUGGGAUGGACCCAAACUUCCAACACAGGUGCACACAGUGCACACAACCCCCCAGGGCCACAUGUUGCUGCAGCCCUGUGCCAGCAUCACCUCCUUUCUGAAGGGCCCCUCUGUGCAGAGGUGUGGGGCAGCAAGUGUCAGUGCUGAGCUGCAAAGCUGGUCCAGAGGCCUCUGCUUGUCCCACCUUGGUCUGCAGAGCAGAGAGGGUCACCAUGCCUGGCCAGCUGGGCUGUGGCUGGGGCCUUCAGGGCCAAGGCAGGGACACCACCACGGGCAGCUCCAGGCACUAGUAGCAGAGGGCUCUGGAUCCCGCUGUAGGGAGUAGGCUUUAGAUGGCAUUUCCUACAACACUCUCACAAGCAAUCUAAGGAAGUCCAGGUUGGAAGAAUGGACUAUAAAGUGGAUAGAAAACUGGCUGGAUCGUCAGGCUCUGAAAAGUUUGAUGUUGAGGUGGCAGCUGGUAUCAGGUGGAGUGCCCCAGGGACCGGUUUUACUUAAUAUCUCCAUCUGUGAUCUGGGCAUGGUGGUGGUUGGAGGUGUGCACCAGUUUCCUACCUGGUAGGAACAGUUGCAGGACCAGCCCAGCC